AUGAAACUUCCCAAUUGGUUUGCUUUGGAAAAACGUCCAGACAAUGACACCAAAGCCAACGGUGCGCCCGAUAUACCCAAGAUAUACCCCGAGGGAGCCCUUCAAGUGCUCAAAGGGGUCAAAGUGAAAGGUGAUAGCGAGUUUGAGCUGGAUUUGGAGGCCCUGUCGUCUAUUCUGUUGCGCGACUCGAUCCGUGACAAACCCGUUGUGGUGGUCAGUAUUGCCGGUGAUUUUCGUAAAGGCAAGUCCUUUAUGCUGAACUUUUUUCUGCGAUACCUGCAGUCCGGUUGCGGCACAACCGACGACUGGAUUGGCUCGACAGACGAACUCAAGGGGUUCUCGUGGAGGAACGGCAGUGUGAGGGACACCACUGGUAUACUGAUGUGGUCGGAGCCAUUUGUCAUCAAACUGGAUGAGGGCCAGGAGGUGGCCAUCCUAUUGAUGGACACUCAGGGGGCGUUCGACUUGAAGCAAACGGUCAAGCAGUUGACCACUGUGUUCGCGCUGUCCACUAUGAUAUCGUCCAUACAGGUGUUCAAUCUGAUGCACCAGCUCCAGGAAGACGACCUUCAUGUGCUCCAGUAUUUCGCGGAGUACGGCCAACUGGCCCUCAAACACACCACUGGAAAGCCGUUCCAAAAGCUACUGUUUCUCAUACGGGACUGGCGCUGUCCAUACGAGUACGGGUACGGUCUGGACGGCGGUCAGCAGUAUUUGGACAAUUGUUUGGCGACCAGCGAGGAUCAGGAGAUACAAGGGGUCCGGCGCCACAUCCGGUCGUGUUUUGGCGAUAUUGGCUGCUAUUUGAUGCCAUAUCCGGGCGAUACAGUGGCCACUACUCAACAUUUUGACGGCCGAGUGGCCGAUAUUGACUCGAAGUUUGUCGACUCUCUGAAGACGUUUGUGCCGCUGAUGUUAGACCCGGAGAAUGUGGUCGUGAAGGAGAUCGGCGGCCGUCGGGUCACCGGCAAAGAGAUGAUGACGUACUUUGAAAUGUACUUCAAUAAUUUAAAAGCCGAGAAAAUGCCAAAAAUAGGCACAUUGUUUGCGGCCACGGCUGAGGCUAACAAUCUAAACGCCGUGACCACAGCCCGAGACAAAUACAAGGCCGGAAUGGACGCGUUUUGCGGCGCCAAACAACAGUUCAUUGCCCAUGGUAAAUUUGAGGAACAACAUAAGAUACUUCGCCAGCAAUCAUUGGAUUGCUUUGAUAAUACAUUGAAGAUGGGCGGCCCCGAGUUGGCCGCCCGCUAUAGGAAAGAUUUGACCAGUGAUUUGGACGAAUUGUACGACCACUACACUACUAAGAACAAGGCUAAUGAGCCGUUUUUCGGGAUAUUUUCAAAAAGAUAUGCCAAGUGGGCUGACAUGUUUGUCAAUGGGGGCGGCAUUAGGGACGCCACGGCCUUACAGAAAGCCAUUAACAUCCGGACAGUAAUGGCUGAUUUAGGCGCCCAAGCUAUUAGACUGGACCCCAUUGUGGAGACACUGUUGGCCACUGAACAGCCAGAUGUGGUUGUAUUGGAU